UCAAAAAAUAACACGUGUUAUUUUAUAUGUUUGGUUUGAUGCUACUGUUAAGUAUCCCUUCCAUCCAUCAAGUCUAUAGAUACCAAUAUCUGUAUGUAGUCCAGAACUCGUGCAUCACACUAGCUAAUACACAAUCUUCUAUAGUGAUCGAUCGAUCUUUACGUAGCAAAGGUACAAAAAAAAUGGCAUCAACUCAGUGUGAGAGGAAGGAGAAAGUAGCUGUGCAAUUGAGCUGCGAGCAGAAAGCAAUUCGCGCAACUUUAGACGAGUUGAUCAAGUGCGCAGAGAAAACACUUGUGUCCGAGGAUAUCACCAACAAGUCCCGUGCCAUCGUUGCUGAAAAGGAAUGCCUAAAAAGGCUGACGCUAUUGCACCAAAACUAUCUUUAAUAGCCGGUGCCUUGACAAAUCAGACUACUAGGGGAUCCUUGAACGUGUUUUACUCCAAGCUAUGGAAGGGAUAUACCGUGAAAGACUACACAGAUCCUCUUGAUAGCUUGGGUUCCUGGGCUCAAGCAGCCUUGAUCGGGGGUGUUAAGGCCGCGGUGGUUUAUAGUGGCAAGAACAAAGCUGGAGUUGAAUGUGGGUGGCUCCUUGCUUGGUCCGACACUAAUGGAAGGAAGGUUUAUGCGGACUGUGGCCCUAUAAGCAAGUUCAACAACAUCAACUGGAAUCAGGUUGAAGCGAAAUUGGAUGAAUCCGGAUUUAUCGCUUAUGCUAAUGACUCGGAGACUGGAACCUCAAUGUAUGCCACCAAUGUUGGUCACACACCUGGAUCUGCAGUUGCUGUCGCCUACACUGGUUGAACAAACUCCCUACGUAGUACGUACGAUGAUCAAUAAUAAUAAUAAUAAUAAUAAUAAUAAUGUGCUAAAAAGUCCGUCCGUAUCCAUUGGAUUAAUAUAUACUCGUAAUGUAGUAUAUAUAAUCUUCUGGUCUGGCUAGUUUUGGUUUUUUUUUUUUUUUUUUUUUUUUAAUUUUUUUUUAUAAUUUGUGGUUGUUUUCCUUUAAGCUAAGGGCAUUACCUGUUGUACGAGUAUACGUAAUUUAAGGACAUGCAAGCUAGCUAGCUUAUACAGUUAUACCUGCAUGUUUAUUUAUUUCCAUGUACAACUAACUAGUGCUAAAUAAAAAAAAUGCCCUCUUUUCUUAUAUAUAUGAUCUUUCUCUA